CCGCCCACCAACUCCGCCCCCUCGCCUGCGAUCCCUGCCGCUGGCCCGGCUCCCUCUCGGAAGCGUAGAGCUCCCGCACGCAGCGAUCGGCCUGCGGACGCCCCGGGACAACCGAACAACUCGUCUCCGCCCCGAAAGACCAAGAGACAGAGGCGUGCAGCUUCACCCCAAGCGGCGGCAGGCUCCGCAGCUCCCCGUCGUGGUACCCGAAACCGCCCAACUAUGUCCCAACCCGGUCCGUCCUCACGCCCUACGGAGGAGUCUUCAAGAAAUCAAACUUCGCCUCCAACAUCUCGACGAAAGUCUAGCCGGAAUGGGAAACCGUCGCAAGAUCGACUCUCAGCUACUCAAUCUUCUUCCCCCCGUCGACAGAAGAAGCACCAACCAAAGACAAAUCCGGAUGUUGUCAUGAAAGAUGCGGAUGCGGAGGAGGACUUGGAAGCACAGGAACGGAGUGAGGACCGCGAUUCGUCCCCCCCAAGCGACAGCAACGACGGAACCAACCAGUCGGGCAUCGAUGACGAUGAUGGAGAUCUAUUCCAUAACAGCUUGUUCGGAUCCCGCAGCCCUCUGGGGCUUCAAAGUACUCUCCGGGCCUUGAGCGGUAUGAUGUCGGGAAUGUCCUCUCGCCUGCGAGAGAUCUUGACCAACUUGAGAAUGAAGGAGGACCCGUCGAUCCAACUGAUUGCCCUCUCAGAACUAUCGGACCUUCUGCUCGUGUCAAAUGAGGACAACCUCUCCGGCCAAUUUUCCCCUGAUCCGUACGUAAAGGAGCUGGUCUCUCUGAUGCAGCCCAGUGAGUUUGGCGAGGAGAAUCCCGAAAUUAUGCUGCUUGCCUGCCGCUGUCUGGCCAACUUGAUGGAGGCUUUGCGGGGAUCUGUGGCCAACGUUGUUUACGGCGGCGCUGUUCCGAUCUUGUGCCAGAAGUUGCUCGAUAUCCAAUUUAUUGACUUGGCCGAACAGGCCCUUAGCACUUUGGCGAAAAUCUCCGUGGACUUCCCAGCAUCCAUAGUGCGAGAAGGCGGCCUGACAGCAUGCUUAACGUACCUUGACUUUUUCCCGACCAGUACGCAACGUACCGCCGUGACCACUGCCGCGAAUUGCUGCCGCAACCUGCCACACGACUCUUUUCCAGUUGUCCGAGAUGUGAUGCCUACACUCUUGAACGUUCUUGCCAGCAACGACCCCAAGGUUGUCGAGCAGGGCUGCUUGUGUGUUUCCAGAAUCGUGGAGAGCUUCAAGCACAAGCCGGAGAAGCUGGAGGAGCUGAUCGAACCGGAAAUGCUGAGGGCCGUGCUUCGUUUGCUUCUGCCGGGAACUACGAACCUGAUUGGCCCCCACAUCCACACCCAAUUCCUCAGGGUUCUGGCCAUCACGUCUAAAGCAAGCCCUAGGCUCUCCGUGGAGCUGCUCAAGAUGGACGUCGUUGACACGCUUUAUCAAAUUCUGACCGGCGUCUCGCCGCCGGAUAAUCUCGAGGACACAGCGGUCAAAAUGGAUAGUGUCCUUGUUAUGCAAGCCUUGAUUCACCGUCCAAAAGAACAGGUUUUCGAAACUCUGAAUGUCAUUUGCGAGCUGUUACCCGGUGUUCCUGGCCGACAGGUUUCGCAAGCAGAUGGGUGGCCGGGCGCCCCUCUCGAUGUAGACCCCACUUUGGCACUGAAAUCCCCCAAGGCCAGAGAAUCUGCCGAGAAGAGACGAUCAUUGUUGAUGGACUGCAAGACCGAACUCAAGCGUUUCGCUAUGAUUUUGCUGCCCACGUUGACCGAUGCGUAUUCCAGUACCGUCAACCUAGAGGUGCGGCAGAAGGUCCUGAUCGCCCAGCUUAAGAUGCUACAUAACUUGGAUGCCCCUUUGAUCGAAGAGGCCCUGCAGACGGUACCAUACGCCUCGUUUCUAGCGUCCAUUCUCUCCCAAAAGGAUCACCCUUCACUCGUAUCUUCUGCCCUCCGAUGUGCAGAGCUUCUUUUCCAGCGUCUAGAACAUGUGUACCAGCACCAAUUCCAUCGUGAGGGUGUCAUUUCUGAGAUAUUCGAGCUUGCCGAAGGACCCCUAUCCACGGACAAGCAAGAAAAGUCCCCACGGAAGUCACCUGCCGCUGGGAACGCAGACAUGCCCCGUGACUCACGUGAGGAGUCCAAGCGGGUUGAUCGGGAUGCUAGUUCGGACGAUGAACGUGCCUCAGAUGAUGACGACGAAGGUCAUGACGAUGACUACGACGAGCAAGAUGACGAUGAUCAUGACGACAUGUCGGAGUCGGAGAGCUCGUCCUUCUCGGGACGAGUACUAUCUACGAGGAUUGACAAUGUUAUGAAGGAUCUCGUCGUUCGUGACGCUCGUGCAUUUGUCGAGCUGCAUGAGGCUAGCCCGGGCAAAGAUAUGCGCGACAAAGCCCUUGAAACUUUGACUGAGUUGCAGACACUUGCAUCGGACAUUGAAGCCUGCUAUCUUGGUGGCGCCGAUGGAGAUGGCCUCGCCUUGUUCAAGAAAUUGGCGUCCCAUUUUGACGGCGAUGCUCUUGAGAGCAUCACUAGCUCGGAGUUGCUGAAUUCGGGUAUUAUCAAGAUUCUUUUGGAUGUAUUUGCAGAUUUCCAGGCUCCCGCAAUGCGCGAAGCCCGAGCUGCAUUUUUGCAGGCGUUUAUGGGUACCACCAUUUCCGAGAAGGCGCAAAGCCAGAGUACGGCAACUACACCGUUCAGUGUGCUCAUUCACAAACUCCAAGACCUGCUCAGCCGGACUGAGCACUUUGAAGUGAUAACCGUCAGUCAUAACUCGCUAGAAAAUACGCGCAGCAACGCCGCCUACAUGCUUGGCAAGCAACUCAGAUUGAAAUUGGUGGCCGAUGAAGAUUCCAACAUUCCCCGGUCUUACCGAAACAUCAUGGUUUCCAUCCACGCAAUAGCAACAUUCAAGGCUUUGGACGAUUUCCUCCACCCACGAAUCAGCCUGUCCGACCGACCAAAACCACCUCGCAGUCGGGACACCAUUCUUUCCCAAAUUGCCAACGCAGCGCGACUUCGGGAGCAGCUCGCCGGUGGUCUCGAGGCAGCGGGAGGCGAUACACCCCCGUUGCCCCGUCCAUUCACUGGCACUCAUCAACCACCGGCCCCCGAGGAGUCACGUCCCACUGCCAAAGAAUCAUCCACUGAGGGUCGUGGAUCAAGGUCGAGGCGCUCUGCUCGGCACCAGAAAGGAGCGGAAGGAGAUGAACACGAUGGCGAGCCUUUGGAAUGUGCGGAUGAGCGCCAACUGAGCGACGAAGAGGACGAAGAAGAUGAUGGCGGUGACGACGAGGAGCUGAACGCCAUUGUUGACGACCUUGAUGAUGAUCUUUCGGAUGACAAUGCACCGGAUCCUACGGCAGUCAACAUGGAAGUUGCCUCCUCCGGCAAGGUUACGGCACGGAAAGAAGAUGGUACUCGUGUGGCAACUCCCUCUCAAUCUACCCCCGCGUCUAAAUCUACUUCCUCUGCUACUCCCGCUCCGGCUUCGAAUCCCACGGGGAACAGCUCUCUUGCUCUGGCCGGUCGCCCUUUCUCUUCUUACGCUGCUGCCAUGGCUUCCAUUCCUUCAGAUUGGCAUAUUGAAUUCAGCGUGGACGACAAGCCCGUUUCAAGCGAGACGACUAUCUACCGUGCCGUGCAUCACAACCGCCAACUUUCGGAUCCUGCAACGAGGAACGUUUGGUCCGCCGUGCAUACCGUCAAGUUCAAACGAGUUCCAGGACCGCCGCCUCCUGAACCGACGUCUCUUGUAUCCGGAUCAUCCAAGCCCGAUGCGGAGUUGGGCGUCGCUGAGAUGCCAUCCUCUUUGAACCAGGAUUCCACCACUGCAUCGAUCCUGCGGCUGCUCCGUGUUCUCCACGAGAUGAAUGCUACCCUUGAUGAUAUACUGGCUGAAACGAAGGAGCUGGUGGCCCUCAAACCCGAGUCUCUCGCCCAGUUUAUCAACACCAAACUGACCGCCAAGCUUAAUCGACAAAUGGAAGAACCGUUGAUCGUGGCUAGUAGCUGUCUUCCAAGCUGGAGCGAAGACCUCGCCCGACUAUUCCCCUUCUUGUUCCCCUUUGAAACCCGCCAUCUGUUCCUUCAGUCGACGGCAUUUGGCUAUUCGCGAGCAAUGAUGAGGUGGCACAAUUCCCAGAACGGGGAUGACAGCCGGAAUGACCACCGGCGAGACGAUCGGCCUUUCCUAGGCCGCCUUCAGCGCCAGAAGGUUCGCAUUUCGAGAAGUCGUAUUCUAGAGUCCGCUAUGAAGGUCAUGGAACUGUAUGGCUCCUCGCCUAGCAUUCUGGAAGUUGAGUAUUUCGAAGAAGUGGGCACGGGACUCGGCCCAACCUUGGAAUUCUACUCGACCGUCUCGAAGGAGUUCUCUAAAAAGAAACUCAAGAUUUGGAGAGAAAACGACUGCAACAACAGCGAAGAGUAUGCCUUUGGCCAGCGGGGACUGUUCCCGUCUCCGAUGAGCCAAGAGCAAGCAGCCUCCGAAUCGGGCAAGAAGCAAUUGCAGCUGUUCAAGGUUCUCGGGAAAUUCGUUGCCCGGUCGAUGCUUGACUCGCGCAUCAUCGAUAUUUCCUUCAAUCCGGCCUUCUUCCGUAUCGCCGAUCUCUCGUCCUCAGUUGCCCCGUCACUGGGCACGGUCAAGGCGGUAGACCAUGACCUGGCGAACUCGCUGCUCCUUUUGAAACGCUUUGCCAACUCAAAGAAGGAAAUCAUCGACAACAAAGCCUACUCCGAUGCGCAGAAGAAGCACGCUUUGCAGCAGGUUGAGUUGGACGGCGUCCAGGUUGAUGAUCUAGGCCUUGACUUUACAUUGCCCGGGUACCCGACCAUUGAUCUCAUUAGCAAUGGAUCUAACAUUCCCGUGACCAUUGAGAAUGUGGACCUGUAUGUUGACCGGGUGGUUGACAUGACCCUCGGCAGCGGUGUGCAACGUCAAGUCGACGCAUUCCGGACAGGGUUCUCUCAGGUCUUCCCAUACGUGGCUCUGCGAACUUUUACACCGAGCGAGCUCGUCAUGCUGUUUGGACGAGCAGAGGAAGACUGGACGAUCGAGACUCUUAUGGACUCCAUUAAAGCAGACCACGGCUUUAACAUGGACAGCCGAAGCGUCCGGAAUCUGUUGCAAACCAUGAGCGAAUUGAGCGCGCCACAGCGACGAGAUUUCCUCCAGUUCGUGACUGGUAGUCCAAAGCUUCCCAUUGGAGGCUUCAAAAGUCUGACACCUAUCUUUACUGUCGUUUGUCGCCCAAGCGAACCGCCAUAUACUCCGGAUGAUUACCUUCCCAGCGUUAUGACCUGUGUAAAUUACCUCAAAUUGCCCGACUAUAGCAGCCUGGACGUUCUCCGAGACCGAUUAACCGUUGCCAUCAAGGAAGGCCAAGGGGCCUUCCACCUGUCUUGAUCAGCUACCCCGAUCAGCUUGUUCGCCAACAAGAUCGGCGGUGCUGUUUAUUGGUUGGCUGGCGUGGAAGACGCAGAAGAGAAAGACGAAAACCCACCAGCUCGAAAACAUGAGAAAAAUAUAAAAACAAAAGCACAUAUUUUGGUGCACCGGUACAAAAGCUUUAGCAACAUACCCUUUUUAUAGCAUGGCAAUGGGAGAAAUUUUAAUGACAGCAUAAGUGAAUCUGUGACUUUUUGUCGGCCGGCCUUCUGCGUUCGGGUUUCUUUGAUUCUUGUUUUCAUCACUUUGUUCCUGUCCAAUUUCUCGGGUUGGGAAGGAGUUCGAGGGGGUUUCUUCAAUCUUGUCUUUUACUAGAUAGAAAAUGCAAUUGUUCGAUAUGGACCGGCGUGAACAUGUAGUGUAUUUGUGCAUUCGUCUAGUUGUUCAAGGUAUUAUAUGUCUAUGUGAGUAUGUAUAUCUAUAUCUAAAUCUAUAUCCAUUUGUGUCAAUCAACCAUGCUGACCAGAGACCUCUAGUAUCGGUCAACCGCGAUACAGUGGCACCAUGGACUAUCAAAAUGGACCAAGUUAGCACAAGAUCAAGGGAAAAGCCGGGAGAUAAAGCAAAAGAACAUUCCACUAACUCACCUCUGCAAACUUCGGCUCGACAAACAACGCCUUCGCCUCGGCCACCAACACCGGCUCCCCAUCCUCCCCCUGCCCAGGCAUCGAACACAACGUACCCUUCACCCAGGCCUUCCUCCCCUCAACGGUUUCCGUCUCCGCGCGCAACACAUACACACGAUCCGGCAUCGCAGGUUUCCGGAAAUCGACAUUCAAAUUCGCCGUCAUGCCGAGCCCGCUCGGAAAGCACGCCGACACGCACCGCGCAAACGCCUCAUCGAACAUGACGCUCAGGAGCCCGCCGUGCACGAAGCCCGGGUGACCGCAGAGCUGGGCGCCGACAUGGAAGAUCGACACGACGCGGCUGGUGAGGGUCUUGUUGGCGGCGUGCUUCUCCGUUGCCAUCCACAUGAACGGCGGCACGGUGACCAUGCCGGGGCCUGAGAGGGAGCCGGCGACGAAGUGCGUCGGCUGAAGCGAGGGGUUCAUGGUUCUGUGGGGGCGCGACUCCUUGUAUGACGGGUUUGAGCGAAG